UGUAUCUGGCGCCAGACAGCGAGGACGUGGCUUUUAAGCUUUGGAACUCGGGUCUGAUCGAAAGAUUCCCAGGAAGGAGACUCACCAGGGCUCUGCCACAGUUUCAACAGGAUGCUGAGUCCAGGUGCUGAUGAUCACCAGGAACAACAACAUGGUGGGAAUGCAGUGGUCCUGAAGGCUGGAGAGGAAGGAGGAAAGAAAGGGCUUGUACAGAGCGAGCUUGCGCAGGGUGAGCUUGAUCAGGGCGAACUUGCUCUGAGCGAACUUGCCCCAAGCAAGCCUGCUCAAAAAGAGCUUGCUCAGUCCAGUCUUGCUCAGGAAGCCACAGGAGUGGUAGAGGAGGGAGAAAACGAAGAAGAAGAAAUGGAAGGAGCACAUGCUGGCGAUGGUAGUUCUGGCCCCAUGGACAAGGGGAUCCCCGCAGAAGGUGGUCAUGGCAGCGGUGUUCACCAACAGCCUCAGCAAGAGGCGGCAAUGCCUGAGGGCAUCAAUCAUCUCCAGGCUGGAGACAGGCUGCCUUUACGUAGACGCACCAGAUUCACCAGGUCUCAGCUGCAGGAUCUGGAGCGUCUUUUCAAAGAGAAUCGCUACCCCAGCUUGAGAGCAAGGAAGGAUCUUGCAAGAUGGAUGGGUGUGCCAGAAGAAGAUGUGCUGGAAUGGUUUAGGAACAGGAGAGCCAUUUUCAGGAGAAGCAAUAGACUGGUGGUGCUGAUUGAUGCACCACCUGGUCGCCAGAUCAAUGAUCCCUGAAGAUUUUGGAGCAGCGCAUGAGUACCACCUCUGUUGUGAGCCAGAUGACCUGGAACCUGGUCCUGCCCCCAAUUUCUUGGCCACUCAUGCUGGCCAUGACAUCCCUUUCUUCCCUGCAGUUAUCUCAGCAAUAAAGAGGUGGAUUC